AUGACUUCAUCGGAAUUCGAAGAAGGUGAUAUAGCCUUGAGUUUUGCUUUAGCGAUUGAGGAUGAUUUAAAGAAGAGAACAGAGAUUCUACUUUGCGAAAACGGUAACAAUCUCGAUGUUACUUUCGAAAACAGAGAGAGAUCAAGUGCACAUUUUGUUCAAGGUUUUGAGGAUAUGAUCUCUGUUCCACACAAUGUUUUCUUCAACACUAUGAAGUUUGAAGACCUCGACGCUCUACUCCGUGGCAAAGAGAAUAUAUGCAUUGACGAAUGGAAAGCAUACAUGGAAUAUGAUAAUUUUGAAGAAAACGAGACUCUCAUCAAAUGGUUUUGGAAGAGGAGACAGAAUCUGCUCUUCUUUUGGAGAGCAAAGAAAUAUUUGCCUGUGGAAGGCUUCAAGGGUUUCCCAAGUAGACUUCGAAUCAGCAGAGUGUACAAAGAUGACGAUAACGCUUUCCCCGAGUCUGCGACUUGCCUUUUAGAACUGUAUCUUCCACAGUAUACGAGUUUUGACAAGAUGGAAUAUCAGGUUAUGUACGUCACAGAAAGAGCUAUCAGUACUGGUUUUGGUUUGUUGUGA